CAUAUAAUUGGAAAUUCUGAGCCGAGGACGGUUCAGAAAAAACUCUCCCCAGCCCGAUCCAUUGCCACCCCAAAUCUGAGUAAUUAAUUUUUUUCUUAAUUAUUCAAUAUUUUUCUUUUGUGAAGAUUAUAAGCAUUCAAUUCUUUUGAUGAAAGGAAAGAAAAAAGGAGAAAUCAAAUCACUCUCAUUGUCAGAUCCAUCCAAAUCCAACACUUGAAGAGAUCGGCCAGGCAAACAGUUAAGAGGUGAAGAGCAAAGCUAGCAAGAGCAGUUCGCGACACCCAAGUGGUUCUAUCCAUCCGCGACUGAUCAGAGGAAAAUGAAUUUUCUGUUGCGCCCUACCACUCACCAAGUAAUCAAAGAACAGGUUUCUGCUCCUGUUCCUGCUCUUGAAUCUCCUUCUCCAGCUGUGACUUUGGAGGGUCUUAUAGCUGAAGAUUCAUUCCCUCAAUCUGAAGUUCGUGAUAUGGGUAUUGGUGGUGAAAAUGGAUCUGUUGCUGCUACAAAGAAUGAUUCAUCACUUGUCUUGGAGAACCACUCUGAUGUUUCUGAAGAAGAAGGAUGGAUCGUCAUCCCAUUUGGGGAACUUCCUGAUGACUGGAAGAAUGCACCAGAUAUACAUUCAUUACGCUCCCUGGAUCGGUCAUUUGUUUUUCCUGGUGAACAAGUUCAUAUUCUGGCAUGUUUAUCAGCAUACAAGCAGGAUACAGAAAUUAUUACUCCAUUUAAAGUUGCUGCAGUGAUGUCUAAAAAUGGAAUAGGGCAAAGCCCUGAGAAACAAAAUGGAAAUUUGAAAGAUGGAGGUAGUUCGGUUUCUGCACAAGGGGAAGUGAGUUCUGAUAGUCAAGUAAUAGGCCUUAAUGGCAAUGGCGCAUCAAAACAGAAGACUGAUCCACAAGGGGAUAUUUCUGCUAGCAAAUCCUUUCUCAGAAUGGAGGAUUACAAAAGACAAACUGAAAUGUUAUUGCAAAGAUUUAAGAACUCCCAUUUUUUUGUUAGGAUUGCAGAGUCGGGUGAACCACUUUGGUCAAGAAAAAGUGCACUUGAUCAAGAAUACUCUGAGGUGGAUAGUCAGAACAAACCACAAAGAACCAAGAAAACUGCAGAUAACACGUUCCAUCUUAGUGCUCUUAUUGAUAGAGGAAAUUUUGAUGCUAAUGUCUCUGGUGGUGCCGCAAGGAAUGGUGUUAGCUGUUGCUCUCUUUCUAAUGGAGAUAUAGUGGUGCUUUUACAGGUUAAUGUUGGUGUUAAUUUUUUCAGAGACCCUGUCAUUGAGAUUCUUCAGUUUGAGAAAUAUCAGGAGAGAAAUCGGUUUCCUGAGAACCAAGACAACUUAAAUUACAGUAAUUAUGACCCAUGUGGAGAACUAUUAAAAUGGUUGCUUCCUGUGGAUAACACCUUAUCUUCUCCCGCUCGUUCUUUGCCUCCUCCUCAGUUAGGUUCCAAUUCAGGAUUCGGUGGUGCAUCACAGAAGUCUUCCUCAUCUGGUUCUCAGCUCUUCUCUCAUUUUAGAAGUUACUCCAUGUCAUCACUGCCUCAAAAUUCUGCUCCACCUCCACAACCUGUUAAAGCCCAAAGCUCUAAGCCGAACUUUGACCUUGAAGAUUGGGAUCAGUACUCAUCUCAGAAGUUAUGGAAAAGUCAAAAACCUGCGGAUGAAGAGCUUUUAUCUAUCCGAGGUGUAUCAUUAGAGAGAGAGAGGUUUUCUGUUCGCUGUGGGUUGGAAGGCAUCUACAUUCCAGGAAGAAGAUGGUUGAGGAAACUUGAAAUAAUUCAACCUGUAGAAAUUCAUUCUUUUGCUGCUGACUGCAAUACAGAUGACCUUCUUUGUGUUCAGAUUAAGAACGUAUCUCCAGCAAUUACACCGGAUAUUGUGGUAUACAUAGAUACUAUAACUAUUGUUUUUGAGGAAGCUUCAAAGAGUGGACUUCCCUCAUCAUUACCAAUUGCAUGUAUUGAAGCUGGAAAUGAUCACAGUUUGCCAAAUCUAGCCCUCAGGAGAGGUGAGGAGCACUCAUUCAUUCUCAAACCAGCAUCCUUUGUGAAGGAUUCCAAAGUUCACAGAGAAAGACUAUCCCCAUCAUUAAGUCUGCAUCUUGUACCAAAUACUGUGGAAGGCAGGAGUGCAUUGAAUGUUGACCAGUAUGCAAUUAUUGUAUCUUGUCGCAGCAACUACACUGAGUCAAGACUCUUUUUUAAGCAGCCAACUAGUUGGCGACCGCGUAACUCAAGGGAUCUUUUGAUCUCUGUUGCAUCUGAAAUGUCAGGACAAUCUUCUGGACCCAAUGAGAGAGUCUCCCAGCUUCCAGUUCAGGUUUUAGCUUUACGGGCUUCAAAUUUGACAUCUGAAGAUCUAACUCUGACGGUUCUGGCUCCUGCCUCAUUUACUUCACCUCCAUCAGUGGGGUCCUUGAGUUCUUCACCGACAACACCAAUGAGCUCAUUUGUUGGUUUGCCCGAGUCUACAGGUAUAAUAACUGGUGAGAAAUAUUGCUCUGCAGUGCAGGCACUGACCUCUGUGACUACCACUUCAGAAAUUAUCGAACAGUCUUCUCCCAUAUCUGAUGUUAUUUCGAGUACAGGCUUGGGUUGUACACAUCUGUGGUUGCAGAGCAGAGUUCCAUUAGGAUGCGUUCCUGCUCAAUCUACGGCUACUAUUAAGCUUGAGCUACUUCCCUUGACUGAUGGGAUAAUUUCCCUGGACACUUUACAGAUAGAUGUUAAGGAGAAAGGUCUAACCUAUAUUCCCGAGAACUCUCUAAAGAUAAAUGCAACUUCCAGCAUUUCCACGGGGAUCAUCUAGAAUAGAUAUAUUUGUUAAUUUCCAUUGCUUACCAUGGGUUAUCUUCAAACAUGUGAAGAGGAGAUUCAGAGGGUUGUCGGACACGUACCCCAAAUAAUGUCUCAUGUUGAUUUUAUUUUUUUUUAAAUGUAAUUACAGCCUCAAAUAGUGUAUCGUAAAUCAUGGUUUGGAGAAACAACAUUUGUCAGAGUGGUGCACUGAACUUUUUCAAGGAAAGGUGGAUGUGUGUGGAAGGCGUAGCCUAGGCAUGUGCUGCUCCAACUAUUUGAGCCAAGGGUUUUUGGCAAUGUUAUAUGUCAUAUUAGUUUCAGUUUUGGAAA